AGUCUGUCACAUAACAGUUGCGGAGCAGCUACGGACUCAGUAAGGCGUGGGCGGAGCUGUGUAUACUAGUAAGUUGCUACGUAGACGUCACUGUCAGUUGUGUGCUUAAUAAGGCUCAUCUCACAAGAGUUUGUGCCAACCGACGAGCAUUGGGAUACUUGUUCAGAUUUGAGCUGGAAGAUGAGUUACCCUGGAUAUCCUGGCUACCCACAGGCUGGUUCUGGAUUUCCACCUUACCAGCAGGCUUCCCCUGGUGGGUACCCUAACCCAUACCAUGCAACUGCAGAGCUGAGUUACCCAGUGCAUCCUGGCAGCGCAGGCAGUCAGUAUGCUCCAUCUGGACCAGGUUAUCCUCCACCUUCCUGUCCAAUGAGCAUGCCAAUGCCACAAAGUAUGCCAAUGCCACAAAGUAUGCCAUUGCCUCAAGGCAUGCCAGUGCCUCAAGGUAUGCCUAUGCCUCAGCCAAGCACUAUUUCCAAUUACAGCUCGGCACCUUAUCCUUCAGGAAACACAGCUUUUGCACCUCCUGGACAAUCAUUUACACAGCAGAACUAUCCUAACAAUUCCUCUUACAAUCAGCCAUCCACAUAUCCUGCACAACCAGUGCCUUCUCAGAGUGCACCUUAUCCAUCACAGUCUGGCCCCUAUCCUAGUGGUAGGAUAUCACCGUACCCACAGCAUAGCCAGAGUCAUGCCAAUACUUACUCCUCUCCAGCCAGUAAUCCAACUCACGGAUAUAGUGCCAUGCAGUCUUCUCCAGCAGUCUACACGAAGGGUACACCAACGCUGAGGCCAGCACAGCCAUUUGAUCCACGUAAUGAUGCUGAAGUGCUUCGUAAGGCAAUGAAGGGAUUUGGCACUGAUGAAAAGGCCAUUAUAAAUGUUCUUUGCUACAGAACUAAUAUACAGCGUCUUGAUAUAGCUAGAGAAUUCAAGACAUUAUACGGGAAAGACCUGAUUUCAGACUUAAAGAGUGAGCUGAGUGGCAGGUUUGAAGACCUCAUUAUAUCAUUAAUGACACCCAUACCACAGUUCUAUGCUAAAGAGAUACAUGAUGCUAUUUGUGGACUAGGAACAGAUGAAGAAUGUCUUAUUGAAGUUCUCUGCACCCUCUCAAACCAUGAGAUUCUUACAGUUCGUCAGGCGUAUGAAUUCAUGUACAGGACUUCUCUUGAACAAGAUUUGGCCAGUGACACUUCGGGACACUUCAAACGGCUCAUGAGAUCUCUCUGUGUGGGGAAUCGUGAUGAGAAUUACUCAGUUGAUCAGGCUGCUGCUGCCAGAGAUGCUCAGGCCUUGCUCAGGGCAGGAGAGCUGCGCUUUGGGACUGAUGAGUCAACAUUCAAUGCUAUUCUGUGCUCUAGAAGUUAUCCACAGCUGAGACAAAUCUUCAUUGAGUACGAGCGCAUUACUGGUCACGAUUUUGAAAAAGCUGUCAAGAAUGAAUUUUCGGGUGAUAUUGAAGCUGGAUUAUUGGCUAUAGUGAAAUCAGUGCGAAACAAAGCGGGAUUCUUUGCUGAAAGGCUCCACGAUGCUAUGGCUGGACUGGGUACAAAAGACAGAACGUUAAUAAGGAUUACAGCCACACGAUGUGAAGUGGAUAUGGCCGAUAUUAAGCAGUCAUUUCAGGAGCGCUAUGGAAAAACAUUGGAGAGCUUUAUCUCAGGUGAUACAUCAGGAGAUUACAAGAAAGCACUUUUGGCACUUGUAUCAUGAACUGUUUAAACUGUUAUUUUUUAGUAUACAUAUGCUGCAAUGAUUUGUAAAACAGUUAUCUGAACUUCCAUGUGUACAUUUAAGGAUGGUUAUCACUUUUUGCCAUUUUUGUAAAUCUCUCUGUACCACAGAUUUUUAUUAACUAAAUUACAAAGAAUUUUUGAUAAACUAUAUUUACCACAUGAACGUUUAGUACCUAAAAUCUAAAUUUGCUAAGCAAUUGCUUGAAUAUUAUAGAUGUAGGAAGAGUUUGUGUAUUUUUUUUCCCCCAAUACAGUUCAGUACCUUUCACAGCAUUCCUUCAACAGAUAAUGAAAAGAAACCUUAAAAUAAGGUUAUUCUUCAAUUCAAAUGUUCAGUGAAAGUGUUGAGCACAAUAGAUUGUACUCUACAAGUGACAAUGUUUAAAAUGCACUAUGGUUAUGUAAGGCAAAUAAUUCACUUGCUUGAGCUCUAUUGUAUUUUUAUUCCUUUUUAUGUAUUAAAAAUAACAAAUAAUAAUAAAGUUUCCAUAUACAUUGGA